AUGAUUCAGGUUAAUGGUGUUGGUAGCGGGAAUGACCCCACGCAUGAUGCCGAGAAAGAUGCGGCCUUAGCGGUGGUUGGUGAUGUAGCGCAGGAUAUCGACCCAAUUGUUGCAAAGAGAGUGUUACGCAAAAUUGAUCUCUACUUUAUGCCGGCAAUGUUAAUAGGCUAUGGUAUUGUCUAUUGGGAUAAGGCUAUUCUGGGUAGUGCUUCUCUCUUUGGAAUGACUACCGAUUUGGCAUUAUCCGUGACGGACUAUUCAACCUCCCCGCCAACAACCAGUACUUCGCGUCUCAGCUGGGCAACGUCGAUUUUCUAUUUUGGAAUGUUAGCAGGAUUGUAUCCUAUGACCCUUGUCUUGCAGAAGUUUAAUCUGCGCUAUGUCUUUGGUCCUGUUGUUCUGCUGUGGGCUGUUACCUGUGCAGCAACUGCUGGUGUGACAUCCUGGCAGGGACUGUUCGUCCAGCGGUUCUUCCUUGGAGUCAUUGAAAGUGUCAUUCCCACUGGAUUCAUGACUAUUGUCAGUGGCUAUUACACACAGGAAGAGCAAACCAUGCGACAAGCUUGGUGGUUCUCCGGCGUGGGUUGGUUCACAAUAAUCGGUGGCGCACUCAACUACGGCUUUGGUCAAAUCACCGCGGGAGCUCUGAGAAGCUGGCAAUAUAUUUACAUUUUUGCCGGGGUACUCACCUUCUUGUUCGGCCUUUGGUGCUGUGUUAUGCCUAACUCCCCAGUCACUGCCUGGUUCCUGACCCCCGAAGAGCGACUAGUUGCCGUGGAACGCCUUCGUAGGGGGCAAACAGGUGUACGUUGCCAACAGAUCAAGUUCAGCCAGGUGAAGGAAUCGAUCACAGACCCAAAGAUCUAUUUGGUUGCUCUUAUGAUGGCAGCAGCAUACACAAUCAAUGGAGCAAUUUCUGGAUUCGGACCCUUGAUCGUCUCGACCUUUGGUUAUGAUACCCUAGACUCGAUUCUCUUCCAGUUUCCCGUGGGCGGAAUCUGUAUUAUCUUCGUCCCUCUUUGCGGAUACAUCCCGACUAUCAUCCCGAACACACGCAUUCCAAUGCUCAUUGCAUGCUGCCUCCCUGUCAUUGCCGGCUGUAUCAUGAUCUGGAAGUCUCAAUGGGGAUACCACCCAGCUACCCCAGUCGUCGGUUAUGCCCUCACUGGCUUCUUCGGCCCAGUUGUCAGCUUGAUCAUCACAAUUGGCGCUAGCAAUGUCGCUGGAGCUACAAAGAAAACCAUCAUGGCCGCUACCACCUUUGUGGCCUACACAGUUGGAAAUAUCAUCGGGCCUCAGCUCGUCAAAAGCAACACCAAAGCCCAGCAUUACCCGGAGCUGUGGGAAGGAAUGAUCAUUUGCUACUGCAUCACCAUCGCCGCGGCUGUAGCGCUGUACUUCGUGCUUUGGCGUGAAAACAAAGCGCGUGAGAACUUGGAGCUUGAUGAGUUGCUUCGGGAUAAGAUCGCUUUCGACGAUCUAACAGACAAGGAGAACCCAUUCUUUAGAUAUGUUCUGUGA